GUUCUCUCGCGACAAUAUUCCAAUCUUGCAUCAAUAAAAAAGGGUGUCCAUUGAUUCUGCCUUCCAAUACAUUCUUUCGCUUGUCUUUUUGUCUUCCCCUUUCUUCCAUGUCCAUUUAAGAAGAAAAAUCGACAAUUCCUUUUGCUCUUGCUCACAUUUUCUCUCCCUUUUACUACAAUAACAACAACAGCAGCAACGACAACAACGAUAGCAACGACCGCAAACAACAAACAACAACAGCAUCGUAUAAUUAAACAUGAUUUCAAACAGACGUUUAAGCAAUACUUCGCUGUUAGCUGCGACGAUCUUUUCUCUACUGAUCCUUCAAAGCCCAUCAUCACACGCUGCACCUAUCUCUAAACUUCUGCCCAUCGCUCCUCGACAUCCUGCAACUUUUUUUUCAGCUUCUUCAUUAUCAUCAUUGUCUCAAUUGCAACUUUCUGAAACUCAAUUACUCCUGGAACAACAGCAGCAACUACAACAGGUUCAACGUCAACCAACAUCAACUGGAAGAGCACAAAUCCGAAGACGACGACUAGAAGAACCGCCCUUCGCAUCAUCAUCCGACACCGUUGCCGAGUCAUGGUUCAGAUCGCAACAGCAACAAUCACAGCAGCAACCACAACAGCAGCAGCAAACAAUAAAUACUGAUCCAUCACCACCAUCGUGGCCUUCACAACAAGAGUCGAAACCAAUCUGGUCCGAUCGCACACUCGAAGGCCACGCAGUUUUGGAUGAGGACGAUGACGAUGCUGGGAACGAGUUGUUGGACACAGAGGCUGACGGUUUUUUGAGGCCCGACGCGGACGACGAAAUUGAAGACACUAUUGAGGGCCAAAUCCUUGUCGAAGAAGAAGAGGAUGAGGAUGAAGGAGAAGGAUAUGAAGAUCAAUUUGGUGAAAACGACAUCGGACUCCAAAAUGAAGUAGAUGAGGACAUGUAUACGUUUAUGGAGAGCAGAAACCAUGAAAGGACUCCACACCAGGUUGAUCCCAUGUGGAAAGGCAUGAUCCGCAAGUUGUCGCCUGUCGCAGGCUUGCCUGAGAAAAUUAAUGGCGAGUCAGCUCAGAUCAUCAGCAACGUCUAAGAAGCAAACACAAAAAACAAACAAAAACAAACAAACAUCACCAUGUCUCAACAUUUGGAAAAGGAAAAAUUAAGUCCACGUUCACAAUCGUUAGUGCGUACUUAGUCAAUGCAUUUUUGCAUUUUUGGUUUCUUUCUCUGAUUCAUCAAUGAUGACGAUGCUGGUGAUAGAUACCGCAAC